AAAGGGCGUGCAGUUUCCGCCGGAGCGGGUAGGAGUCGGGCAGUCACGUGAUCGCACUCUGGUCAGGCACUUGCGGUGGCAGGUCCCCGUGCUGUAUUAAAUUGGUGACAGCCUCCUUUCAGUCCUCCGCUCUCAUAAGAUAUUAUAGAGGAGAGUGCGCCGCAUAAAACUAAAGAUGGAUUCAUUUGUGAAGUUCACGAACCAGAGUCAGGGAAGAGAUCGACUGUUCAGAGCUACUCAGUAUGCAUGCAUGUUGCUUAGUUAUGUUUUAGAGAAUAAGGCUGGCAGAGAGAAAGUGGUAAUGAAGCUCAGACGAGUGGAGUCUAACAUGAGCUCUGGCCGUAAAUUGUUCCGACUGGGUAAUAUGGCGCAUGCCAUAGAAGCUUCCAGAGCCUCCAUCCAGCUGUCAGAUCCCAUUCUGUGCUAUUGUCUGACUGCUGCCAACCUAAACCGCGUUCUUUACUUCACUUGUGACACCAUCCUGUGGGUGAGAAGUGUGGAUCUAGUUUCGAAUAUUGACAAGGAGAAGUGGCGACAUCGAGCUAGCCAAUGUUAUUUCUACUCUCUCCUCUUACAUCUUGCCAGGGAUUUAUAUGUAAUAGUGUACUGCAUGGAGAAAGAGAGGAACUGCAAGGGGAAAGGGGCUAAUGGGGAAAAUGGCCCUACUCUAAAUUCAAGUAGUACUUGGUUUAAAGGCCUUAAGAACUUCUUAUUUAUAUUUUGCUUAAGUUUAAAGAACCACCCUCCAGUCUUAUUAGACACAAUAAAAAAUGUGUGUGAUCUUUUCAGUCCUCUUGAUCACUUAGGAUUUUUCAAAACCAAUCCUGGAUUUAUUGGACUUUGUGGCCUAGUGUCUUCAGUCCUGGGCAUUAUGACUAUAGCAAAUCCACAAUUAAAGUUAAAAAACUGAUAGGAGGCAAAAUGCCUUUCCAAUUCCAAUUGCUGCUAUUUGAUACAAAUGAUGCUUUUAGUUAUCUAGAAGAAAUUGUAAACUACUUACUGUAUGCUGUGUUUAUUGUAGUAAAGCUGGCCAUACACAUAAUGAUGCACUACAACCACUACUACAACAGCUAUAUGGUGCUAGCAUAUUCCCCAGCACUUUACAAUUAGGGGAACCAGUGACUGUCAAAAUGGACAUAUGUAAAUAGAACAAAUGAAGAAAGGAUCCCGGGUACAAAGUGCUGAUUUUACUUAAGGGGGUAUCCAGCAAAACCUUUUUUAUCUAUAAAUGUGUCCAGGCUGUGUGAUAACAUAAAAAAAACGAUAUUUACCUCCCUUGCAGCCUAUGGUAUCAGCUCCCGAUCUCUGCUUAACCUUGCGUCCUAGAGCUGCAGACAAUUCAUCACAUUUCUGCACAGCCAAUCACUGGCAGAGGCGUCGAUGUGAUGUACCUUCUGUAGCUCUGGGAAGUGAAAUAGUGUGGAGACUGGGCACCAUUACUGGAGGCUGCGAGGGAGGUAAGUAUAGUAUAGUUUUUUUUAUGUUCCCACACAGCCUGGGCACAUUUAUAGAUAAACGUUUUUUGUUGAAUAACCCCUUUAAUGGCUUUGUACAUUGGAGAUGGGAAGAGAGUAGCAAAGUUAGAGUACCUGUCAUCAAAUUAUAUAGCAGUAGCAGAAGAAAAAGACGGUGCAAGCUGUAUUUUUUUCUCCUGCUAUUUUCCCCGAUGGCCAUCACACUUCCGUGUGAUAACUGUAGUGUGAAAGGGGCCUUAAAGAGAUCCUGUCCUAUCUGUUUCAGUUAAUACUUGUACAGUAUUUGUAUUAAAAUAACAAUACUGGAGCAUAAUUCCUUAAACUCUAUUCUGUUCCCCUGUUUGAAUAAAUUGAUAACUGGUAAUUACCAUUCUCUUGUCAGGGGGCGUGUCCCCCUCCCCAACUGGUAACACCCUCUUGUCAAUUUUUUCAUUUCGAAGAGGAAUAGUAGAAGAAGCAACAAGCCUUCUUUACUAUAAGAAUUGUGGAACAGUCUACCUCUGGAACUGGUCACAGUAAAGGGCUUCAAAACAGGGUCAGGCAAAUUCUUAGAACAAAAUAUAUGGAAUACCCACAUUCACUUCCCUUCGUUCACCCACACCCAUUCCCUUUUAUCCCUCUUCUCACCUCCUUUGUUGAACUUGAUGGACAUGUUUCUUUUUCCACCUGUACUAACUAUGUGAGAAUGCCACAACAUAGAGCUAAAAGAAAUGAGGCUCCAGAAUAUUUUUUUCAUAGUGAAUACCAUUAGUUAUAAGCCGGCUGUGAAGAUAGCUGACUCUAUUUUAAAACGGUAGAGCAGUGUUUCCAAGCGCGGUCCUCAAGCACCCCCAACAGGUCAUGUUUUCAGGAUUUCCUUAGUCUUUCACAGGUGAUAUGACUGUGGUGAUGUCUGAUGCACUGACCAUAAUUUUAUCCCCUGUGAAAUACUGAGGAAAUCCUAAAACAUGACCUGUUGGGGGGGUACUAGAGGGCCGUGCUUGGGAAACACUGCUGUAUAGGCCUCAUGCACACAGUUGUAUUGCGGUUCAAUACAGCUUCUGAGUUAAUUGGAGGUGUAAUGCGGCACCAAUAUCCUUCUAUUGAGCUCUUCUGUACCGCUUUAUGCUUCUAAUGUAAAAUAGAGGGUAUUUUUUGUUGGGUAAUGCAUAAGCUUAGAAGGAGGGGUUGGUAUUAAAGCAGGUCUGUUGGCAGGUAAAAGGGGUAUAAAGAAGGACAUGGCUGCAUGGGGCUAGUCAUAAAGAUUUUUGGCAUAUUUUAUUUAAGUUCAGUAGUCUUCUUCUCUAUUGGCAAGAUAUAAGCUGUUUUCAUGCAACAACAUGAAUAAGACAAUGAUUCAAAACAAUGCCCUAGACAUUUUUCUACAUGUAAGAUUUUAUAUUACAUUUUUUUUUAUUUUUUUUAUACAAUUUAUCAAAGACUGUGCAGAGGAAAAGUUUACCAGUUUCCCAUAGCAAUCAGUCAGCUUGCUUCUUUCAUUUUUUAAAAUGCCUGUGAAAAAUGAAAGAAGCAAUAUGAUUGGUGCACAGGUUUUGAUAAAUUUCCCCCAAAAAACUUAUAACAUAUAUGCAUAUACUUGCUUUUGUUAUAAAUGAGAUUAUAUACAGGGUGGGCCAUUUAUAUGGAUACACCUUAAUAAAAUGGGAAUGGUUGGU